AUGGAAGCAUCAGCUGCGUCAGUAACAGUUUCAGUAGCUAUAGCUGCUGUAUUGAGGUGGAUAUGGAGAACUCUAAAUUGGGUUUGGUUUAAACCAAAGAUGCUUGAGAGUUACCUGAGAAGACAAGGUCUUGUCGGAACUCCUUACACGUUACUUGUUGGAGAUGUGAAAAGGGAAUAUAGCAUGACGACGGAGGCAAGGUCCAAACCCAUCAAACUAACUGAUGAUAUCGUCCCACGUGUCUUGCCCUUCCCCUCUCACAUGCUCAAGACUUACGGAAGGACUUUUUUUACAUGGCGUGGACCUAUACCAACCAUCACCAUUACGAACCCCGAGCAAAUCAAGGAAGUGCUGAACAAGAUUUAUGAUUUCCAGAAGCCAAAUACAUUCCCCUUGAGCAGACUUGUAGCCAGUGGACUCUUUAGUUAUGACGGUGAUAAAUGGGCUAAACACCGAAGAAUCAUCAACCCUGCUUUCCACCUUGACAAAAUCAAGUUGGUUCUAGACACACUCUAA